AUGGCAUCACUAACCGGAAAUACCGAUAGCGAUCUUGUGAAGAAUGCAAAUGAGACAGCAGCAUCAGCAAAGACAGCUGCGGGUGAACAGACUGAGAAGGUUAUCGCCGCUGCUGGGGAAGCUAAGAAGACAGUAGGAGAGUACGUUGACAAGGCUGCUGAUCAUGUUCAUUCCAAACCUGAACCAGAACCAGGUGUUUUUAGUGGUGUUGCAAAGGCUGCCGGUGAUGCUCAGAAGACCGUAGGAGACUUCGUUACCAAGGCUGUUGAUUAUGUUACUCCCACUCCCAAACCAGACCCUGUCGCUAAAACUGAAGCUGCGGUUACUGAUGCUACAAAGGCUGCUGGAGACGUGUUUAAAAAAUGA